UUCGCGGCCGCCCUUAUCAGGGUAUAGAGGUUCUUCUCUCAAACCUCUCAACCUGUGGAACUGUAAAUCUGUGAUCGAUAAUGGUGGGUAGAGAGAGGGAUUACGAGAACCGAGAUUACUCGCGAAGCCGUGAUCGGAAACUCUCUUCGACGGUGGUAAUCCCCGAAGAACGUCGCCGCGAUGACCGAGAAAACGGCCGUUACUCGCCGGUAUCAGGUAGGUCACCAUCUCCUUCAUACUCUCCCUACAAUGAUCUUCGUCAUCGUCGUCGUAGCCCUAGCCGUAGUCUUAGCCCUGUGAACGGUUACAAGAGAUCUCGUUACGAAUCAGAUCGCCGUCGUGAUCGAGCAGAUUCAAACGGAUACAAUAACAACCGUAGGAGAAGCCCUGACUAUAAUGGAACCCUAACCCGCGAUGGUCCACGACAAUUCGAUCGCGAUCGUAGGGAUUUCCAGAACGGGCGGUUCCCUGACACCGAAUCUGAUGAGGAGUUGAAGGGAUUGAGCUACGAAGAGCACCGCAGGCUUAAACGCCAGAAACUGAGGAAGAGCCUCAAGAACUGUAUAUGGAAUUGCACACCCAGUCCUCCUCCCGGUGAAAGGGUUCGCUACGAGUCUCUGGAUGAAGCCAAGGAAGUUGGAGAAAAGGAAAACCAAAAGGGUGAUUCGAGAGGGGAGGAUCGGCAGGAGAACGGGAUUGGUCGUCGUCGUGGUCGUAGUGAUUCUGAAUCUGAAGAAUCGGGAGAAAGUUUGUCGGACACGGAUGAUUCCCGGUCUAGGAGGAAGAGUAGAAGCCAAAGGAGUGGUCGGCGGAAGAGUAAAUCUUCGGGUUCUAGGAGGCGCGGGAAUAGAAAAUCAAUCACGGGUACUGAAUCAGAUGAGGACGUAAGCGAGUCAGAGGCUUCUUCUUAUUAUUCAAGUGAAGAGGAUACGAAAGGGAGGAAGAAAUCUGGAAGAACGCGUAGUAGGCGAGGGAAGAAUAGGAGUAGCCGUAGCAGCAAGAGAACAAGGAAAAGUAGAAAGAGGAGAGAUAUUGAUUCUGAUGAGAGCCCAACUGAGGAGAGUGGAAGUGAAGAUAUAUCUGAGUCAAGCCCGUCUUCUGAUGAGGACGCCAGAUCGAAGAAGGAGAAGCUCGGCAGUUCCUCUUCCCGUUCGAAAAGAAGCAAGAAAAAGGGGCGCUCUGAAUCGGGUAGUGAGAGUGCAACUGAGAGAUCUUCUGAUUCAGAAGUUGAUGGGAAAAGCAUCGUUAUGACUGAUGACACAAAGAAUGAUGAGAUUAUUACGGAGGCACCGAAUUUCAAGGAGCUGUUUGAGUCUCAAAAGAAAUCUGCUGUGGACAAUGAACCUAUUGUGGGACCUGUCCCUCUGCCAAAGGCUGAAGGGCAUAUUAGCUACGGAGGUGCUCUUAGGCCUGGUGAGGGUGAUGCUAUUGCUCAGUAUGUGCAGCAAGGCAAGCGUAUUCCUCGCAGAGGAGAAGUGGGUCUUUCUGCUGAUGAGAUUCAGAAGUUUGAGGGUCUUGGUUAUGUGAUGAGUGGUAGUAGGCAUCAGAGAAUGAAUGCAAUUCGUAUCCGAAAAGAAAACCAGGUUUACAGUGCUGAAGACAAGCGGGCAUUGGCAAUGUUUAACUAUGAGGAGAAGGCAAAACGCGAGCACAAGGUCAUGGCUGAUCUACAGCGGCUGGUGCAACGUCACAUUGGGCAAGAUGUUGGUCCAACUCAUGAUCCUUUUGGUGCAAAAGCUUCUGAGGGGACUGAUGACUGAUACUUAUUUACAUUCGAUGUUCUCCACAUGUUGUUUACUGUCUUAUUUAUACAGCCUUGUGGGAAUAAAAUGUAGUACUUCAGAUGUAGAAUUUAAUGAAUGAUGGACGAAUGUAUUGUAUCAAUAACAUUCAAGGAAGUUAAUUUCAGUUUUCAUCUAUUUUAAAGGAAGAAAUAGGACAUGUUCUAUGCUGUUCAGCAUUUGAUCCAA